GGCGCUCGCCGCGCGGUUCCUGGUCUCCCUUUAACAUCAGUGGCGGGCAUCAGAAUGGACGGGCAUGUCAUUCCCGACCAAGAGCAGCUCCUGAUAUUUUUAAAGAAGCUCAAAGAGGUGUUCGAUGUUUGUGACGACGAUGCGGACGGAUACAUUAGUGUUGAGCAUUUCGUGGAUCUUGGAUUGCAGUUCGGGCAAGGAGAUGAGGUGAAGAAGCUGUCCAGAUACCUGGACCCCAACGCACAGGGGCGCCUCAACUUCAGAGACUUCUGCCACGGAGUGUUCGCCAUCAAAGGCUGCGAGGAGCUCCUGAAGACCUCGCUGGGGACCCCCAGCAUUGGCCGGCGAGCGUACGAAACAGACAAUGGAUACUACUAUCAGGAGGACGCGGCGGGACGUCCCGUCGUCAUGUGCGCGCGGCCGUACCCCGCCUGCCCCCCGUUUCUCGACGGGGAGGGGCCGGGCCGAGAGGCGCAGGAGUCGGACAUGGACAGCGCGGUGGAGAGCGCUCCGGGCUCCGAAACCUCGGAGGGGGGCCGGCCCGGGGACAAGGACGAGGGCCUCGGGGGGCUGUUCCUGCCCGGAAACAAGUGUGGUCAGAUGAACCCCUCGGUGACCUCUGACCUGUCCACGCGGUCUUCGGCCUCCCUGAACGAGGAGCAGUUUGAGGACUACGGAGAGGGGGAGGACGUGGACUUCAGUCCCAGCAGCCCCUGCCCUGAUGACGAAACCCGCACCAACGGGUACUCCGACCUGGGCUCCUCUGUUCCGUCCAGCGCCGGGCAGACCCCGCGGAAGAUGAGGCACUUGUACAACAGCGAGCUGAUGGACGUGUACUGCUCCCAGUGCUGCAAGAAGGUCAACCUGCUCAACGACCUGGAGGCGCGGCUCAAGAACCUCAAAGCCAACAGUCCCAACAGGAAAAUCUCAAGCACAGCCUUCGGACGGCAACUCUUCCACAGCAGCAACAUCAGCAGCAGCAACGGCAGCACGGAGGACCUGUUCAGAGACAGCAUCGACUCCUGCGACGUCGACAUCACCGAGAAGGUCAGUUAUCUAGAGAAGAAGGUGUCGGAGCUGGAGAAUGACAGUCUCAUGAACGGCGAUCUCAAGUCCAGGCUGAAGCAGGAGAACACACAGCUGGUCCACAGGGUGCACGAGCUGGAGGAGCAGCUGAAGGACCAGGAGGCGCGGGCGGAGCAGACCGUGGAGGAGGAGCUGAAGAGACAUCGGGAGGCCUACAGCAAGAUGGAGAGGGAGAAGACCACCGAGAUAGAGCUUCUCAGUAACCGGGUCCAGCAGCUGGAGGAGGAGAACGGAGAGAUGAACGCUAGCAUGAAUCGGUUGAAGUCUCAGACAGAGAAACUGGAUGAGGAGAAACAGCGGAUGACUGAUAGACUGGAGGACACCAGUCUGCGGCUGAAGGAUGAGAUGGAUCUCUACAAGAAGAUGAUGGACAAGCUGAGGCAGAACAGACACGAGUUUCAGAAAGAGCGGGAGGCCAUGCAGGAGCUGAUUGAGGACCUGCGGCGGGAGCUGGAGUACCUGCAGCUGUUCAAGCUGGAGACGGAGAAGCCGGGCCGCGGGCGCCUGUCCUCCUGCAGCCUGUCCGAGUUCAGCGCCAAGUCGCGCGAGAUGGAGCUGGAGCACGAGAUCAAGCGCCUGAAGCAGGAGAACCAGAAGCUGCGGGACCAGAACGACGACCUGAACGGCCAGAUCCUCAGCCUCAGCCUGUACGAGGCCAAGAACCUCCUCGCCACGCAGACGAAAGCCCAGUCGCUCGCCGCCGAGAUCGACAGCGCUUCCCGAGACGAGCUGAUGGAGGCCCUGAAGCAACAGGAAGAGAUCAAUUUCCGCCUCAGGCAGUACAUGGACAAGAUUAUCCUGGCCAUCCUGGACCACAACCCCUCUAUCCUUGAGAUCAAGACCUAGACAUCACCGUUGAUGGAAAAGGAAAAAAGAGCCACACUGAGCAGACAGCACCCCCUACAGCCCGGGGGGUGUGCACUGCACCAUCACAGCCACUGGAACUAAAGUCAUUCUGUGUUUACAAAAGGAGUUUUGGUACUUCACUGUAGUAAUGUGUGAAUCACAAGAGAUGUUGAUAUCGUUCAUUGCACUGCACUUCCCCCCAACCACCCCCCUCACCCGCCCCCCCCCGAAUUUUUCGAGUAUAUUUGUCAUUGCUACUGUUGAAGUUUAAAAAAUAAUCAUAAUUAAAGGAGGAAGUCAUUUUUUGUGUUCUUAAAAUGGAAGUGUUUAAGUUUUGCGUAAGUACUAGCUGUGGGUAUACAGGCGCAGUGUUGCACAAAACUGCAGCGGUAUGUACAUAUGUGGAGGUAAACCGUAUGAAUGCAUACGCAGGGAAAGAGAACCUCUGAUAGACAGUCGACCCCCCCCCCCCACCUUCCCCCCCCUGUUAACAGUGACUGUAAUUAACGCCAAACCGCGCACAGAAGCCCCCGGAGAUGGCCGGUGCGGUGGGGGAGCUGGUCAGGUUUUGGAAUGGCGUGUAGGUCGAUUUGAGAAUGUGUGACGUGGCGAGUGAGGGUGUGCGUUAGCUGCUGGUGGCAGCGGUGCAGGACAGCUGCUGCAGGGAGCAGGCUCGGAGUGCUAGGGUUAGGGUUAGGGCUCGGAGUGCUGCAUUUAGGGCUGACGACCCAUUGCACAGCGGCAGCACCACACCGCAGACAGCCGGAGCCAAGGCCCCAUGCCUGGUUAGGAUGGAAUGUUCUUUUACCUGAGGUGAAAGGAUGUGGAUGAUGAGUCAGAUAAGGCGUUUAUGAUGAAAUGCGUUUAUGAUUUGCGGCGUGUGCACCUAGUGGCAUCUGUGUGUGUGUGGGGGGGGUGGGGGGGUGACUGUGUGACUGCAGAUUGUGGAGGCCAGUGGGUUCAAGGAUGUUGCCUGGAAGGGAUUUGAUAAGAAGGUUGGAUACUGCCAGUCUGUGUGAGGCGUACUGAGGCCUCUGAGAUCCUGAAGUCUUUUAGACCUGAGCGAUGUGCCUGGACCACAUGACCCUACGUGGCGCCUCAGUUCGGCUUUCUCAGCUUCUCGUGUGUAAGGGAGAACAGCCUGGGGGGGGCGCUGUUGAGCUGCUGUUCACAACGGGUCCAAAACGCGCAGCGCUGCUGCACCCGCCCGAUGGCGCAUGCAAGGGCUUCCCUCGGGGCAAACGCUCCCCAAACUGAGGAUGGUAAUUUUCGAGAACGGUCGUCAAAUUUCGAUUAACCGGCGUGUUACACGCUCGUGUUUUUGAGUAAGCCCUUCCUGGUUGUGGGCCCGGUUUGUUUUGGACACGUGAUGCUCACGGCGUGCCACCACAACGCUGGGGGUUGGGGCUGAGGUUGGGGUACUCCUGGGAGGGAGAGACGAGGUGUAACGAGCAGGUGUGUUGGUGCCCGUGCCUGGGGGACUUGCUCAAGGUUGAAGGGGGGGGGGGACAGUAGGCCCCUUGGUGGAGCAGCUUAGAGAGCUGAGUGUAAACGCAGCUGCACAAAGGCUUUGCGUAGCAGUGCUCUGGACUUUUUUUUAAAAUCAGCUACAGUAGCGUGAUGACUGUGUGCAGCAGGAACGCAGUGCCAGGCUCCUCUUCACUUCCGUUGCUGAUUCAGUGUGAACAGCACGCUCAUAGGUCUUUGUUCAGCUGAGCAGUUCCACAGGGUUGGUUUUAAAGGGGGGACGAGUUUUAAUGAGAUGCUGACCGACGUUUUCACAAAGCGUCCCAUUGUCCCGCAAACAGGUUGCGCUUCAUUUCGCUGCCCUGACUCUCCGCUGCUCUACCCGCCGCUCCCCCCACCCACCGCUAAAGCUGGCACAGUGAAGGCCAAGGCCGGGCAUGACGGGCAGAAUCCUUAGUCGCUCGCAAUCGCGUGAAAGCGGGGCGGUUUAUGUGAAAGUUCAGAAACGUGCGUGUGAAUAUGCACUGCGGAACACGCUGUAUGCGUGUAAACACGCUUACAUAAAAUCAGUGCUUGAACAAUUUGGUUUUCGAAAUUUAAAUAGAGUUUAUUUUUGCGGAUAGUCCAAGUCCGAGGGUGUAAACAAAAUAAAAUUUAUUUUAAAAACUUUAUUUUUUCACAGAUCUAUAAAUAGUAAAUGGGAGAGGCAGUGAAAGAUGAAAUGGGCACAGAGAUUUUUUUUUUAUUGGUGAAGGUGCUGAACGAGCCAGUCAGUCCACAUGGUCAGUGAUAAAAUUAUGACCAGAUGAGUGAAGGCCUUUGUGGUGUAUAUGUAAAGCCCUGUAAAGUCUGUAUGCGAGCGUGUUGCUUAGCACCUGCAGGAAGAGAAGUAAACUCAUUUUAAAGUUGAUUUUUAUACCCUGCCAUGCUGAAUACUCUCUGUUUUGGGUGGGUUAGAUGCUCACUCAGUUACCCAUAGAUAUCAGCCUGGAGAAUGUCUGGAAAAAACAUUUGUCUUGUGGUGAAGUAUCAACUUAUCCGAUUCACGCGCAUCAAGAGAAACACCAUGGUAGGCUUUAUAAGAUAUGCAGGGCUAAAAUGUUGCAAGCAUUACAAUGCCAACUUCACUUGGGAAUUAGUCAAAAUGCAAACUCACAGCUCCCCCUGGUGGCUGUUACUGCUAAGGCAGCGCUGUGGUCUGAGGUCUAAAUGCUUUUCCAGCAGAAUUUGCAGUGCAACCGAUUUGGUUCACAGUGUUUUGGUGUAACUCUCGUAAUGACUCACAAGAGAAGAAAAUGUCAUCAGGCAAGAAGGUACAGUACUGUACAAAGAAGGUGGGGAAUUAACUGGAAUCUCUGCUUUUUACGCAGUAUUUCUUCCAAGGGUUUCAGGGGUAGUAAUUCAUGUAAUAAAAGCAAUGGUGAUCACAUUUGGGUCGUACAGAGUCCGUGUGUGAUGUGUGCCCUGCCCUGGGCAGCACCAGAAAUAAUGUUUGUGCACUGUAGAUGUCAAUGAAUGUAUCCCCACACAUUUCCCUCCUGUCAAAGGGGCUGUUGUAAAAAAAAAAAAAAUGUAAAAAAGGUACAACUUUACAGAGAUAUUUAAGAAGUCAUGUGCAUAGCAGUAUUUGAACACACGUAAUUAGGGGAAAGGCUACAGUUUUCUACUGUAAACUGUUUGUUUUGCUUUGUUGCACACAAAACGAGUUUCUUUGCAUGCUCUCUCUUUCUGGUAUUUGUGCCUUUUUAUCUCAAACGACAAACUCCCCCCCCCCCCCCCCAUCCCCCAGUCUCCCCUUUGGCCAGCUGCACAGAGCUUUUAUACACUGUAUUCUAAGCUUCUUCUCUUUUUUUUCAUAAAUUGUAAAUCUUGUACAGAAAAUAGUUACUAUUUGUAUCCAUGUGCCACUCAUCACACUUUAGAAUAUGGAAAAAAAUGUAUUUUUUACCAGUUUUAAGAUAAAGUAAGAAGAUGAUGUGUCUGUGAAAACUUUACUGCACAACGUUUUUAAGUUGUUGGUUUAAAUAUGUUUUAUGGUUUUGGGACUUUUUUUCUUUUCCUCUUAUUUAUGACUGCAGUGUUGGUUUGUCAGUUUUUUUUUUUUUUUGUAUUUGUCUUUCUUGAUUUGACUGCUUUUGCUGUUUUGUCAGGUUUCCAUUCACUUAUUUUUCUGUCUUUGCCCAUUUAUCCCAUUUUUAAAAAAAAUUAGUCAAAGGCACUACUACCUUUCCCCCACGUCAAAAGCAAGACAUGCUAGUCCAGAGGCCAGAGGCGACUUUCCAUUCUCAUCGACAGACACCGUGUCCAAACCUGCUGCACGUUGGUUGGUCCUGGUGUGCUUCAUCCUGGGCCACCAUGAUUGUUGCUGGGAGUUGUCUUGUCCUUCUCUUUUGAGAUAAAAGUGGCUAAUCCUGUUAGUUUUAAUGCAUAAUUUUUCCUCUAUUACAUUUCCCGUCCAGCCACAAGUUACGUGCCCAUUGUAUAACAGCCUUAUUUGGUAGAUGUUAAGAUUUAUAUGAGCUUUGCCCUCUGAAAAAUGUGACCUUCCAGUUUUGAGUGUACUGUAGCAGGUCAGAGCACCAUAAUGACUUAAAACACUGGAUUCCCAUUUAUUAUAUAUAUUUUAAUGGCGUCAGUCGUUGCUCUUGUUCCACAAAGUAGGCCUAUCCUUGGGAUUGCACAAUAUGAACAGGGCAUUUGAGCAUUGACAUUGCAAUGAGAGGACUGGCAGAGGGGGUAAUACUGCCUGGUCACCCAAAUCAGAGCAUUGCUUUAUUUCUUUAAUCCCGGGAUUUUCUUUAGUAGGCCUAAUUUACAUCUCUGCACCACCCAGUGCAGUGGUUUUAUAUUAACACACACACAGGCUGACGCCAGUUCUUACAGGUAAUUGUGAUGUACAAACUUCAGCUGUAAAUAAAAUGAUUUGCUUUGGCAUGACUUUAAAAAAAAUGUUUUGUCUUUUUUGUCUUCGUUUAAGCAGUACGGCCGCUGAACAGCUAUUGAUGUUUAAUCCUGGCGCGUGAAAUCGUUCUGUAAGCGAUUCCAUAAUGGCAUACCGCUCGAGGUCAUUUUUGUAGUGUUCUGACCACGUUUCAUUGGAACGAAUUAUUAGGCUAAAUGUUGUCUGUAGGGGGACCGUGUGGCAUGGAGACGUCAGGCUUGGUAAAAGAGAGGACGUGGUUAGCGUCCAUGAAUUGUAGUAGGAGGAAGACAGGCGUUGAGCAGAGAGACGGAAAGCGACACGGGCGAGUGUGCCGUGUGACGCCCCGAACAUGUCAAGCUCAACCCGCAGAGAGCGGCGCAGGUACUGCCUGUCCGCCGAGGCGAAGGAAGAGACGGAGAAGGAGAUUGAGUUGGAAACACAGAGAGACCCUGGCCACAUUGCAGCAUCCAUUGGAAGAUGAGGACUGGGAGAAGGAGAUUAAGGAGGCAGCUCCCACUGAGGAUUGGGACAAGGAGACAUACGACUCUGUCUAUGACCCGGAGGACGCGCUGUGCGUCGGCAUGCUUCGGACGACCCUGAACCCCGAACCUCGCGGUGUCGACCGCGACCUCUACAGCCCCGCCCUGCACCACGUCUCCCCGGUCAAGUGGGUCCAGCUCGCCCCCCAAAUCGUGGCUGACCAGUUCAUCGAUGCCGAGGAAUAAGUUUGUGUCCUUCCUGUUGUUUCGUUGUCCCCAAACGUUUUAAUUUCACUUCGAAUGGAAACCAUUUUAGUUUUUGGGGUGGGUGGGUGGGUGGGUGGGUGGGGGGGGGGGGGGGAGUGGAGGGUUAGCAUUUGAUUGUUUUUGUUUUUAUUGUUGGUCAGACAGUUUCCUGUGAUUGGGAGAGGAAAGAUGGAAGCGAUAAACAGAUCUUAGUGGUUUUGUGUUUCUGGUUCCGUGGUGAUGGAUGCGCUGUUUAUGAAACGGUACGAAGCACUGAGUUGAAGGACAGAAGUCUGGAGCCCAGGGGACGGCCCGUACAGUGCUGCUUUUUCAGCCGUUCUCUCUGUUUAUUUUUAUUCCAUAAGCCGUGGCAGCUCUGUAAGUCACCAAGUUCACUUCUGAGACGCAAGAGGAAAUGGCGGGCAUUCUCCACACCAUGUUCAUUUUCCAUCUCGUUGGCGUAAAUAAACAAGUUACACCAAA